UUGAGAGAGGAGAGAGCGAGGCAGGCAGCAAGUGCUUUUGCGUUCAGUGAUAGGUUCGCAUUUUUCCUCCCCGCCUUUGAAUAUAAUUUUAGAUUUAGAGUGAAAUAAAGAGAAAAGCACUUUGGAAGCCUGAAAAGCUCUGCAAUAGCGACAGCAAAAGAGGGGGGUUGUGAGCGAUCACAUGCAAUUACAUUAAAACAAAUUUUUUGACUGUGCCCGUUGGGAAGGCGCUGGAGAACCGGCCCUCGAUUUUGCCUCCCUUAUCUUUUAAAAAAUUAUUAUUAUUAUUAUCUCUGAACUGGCAUUUGAGUUGUGAGGGGGGGGAUUGCUUGGGCACUAGUAAAGCUCUUCAGUGCUGCUGCAUGUAAUUCUAGCUGAGUGCAAUCUAGGUUAAAAGUCGUGCAACUGUAGCUAGCUAGCUGGCUGGCUGGCUGGCUGGCUGGGGUAGGGGGGGGAGAAAAACAGGGAGGACGAGCCGGCUGCAUUUUUCGCUCGGCAGCGCUUUGCAAACACUCUCCGGUCCUCCGUCCCUUUCCCCUCCCUGGAGCGAAGGAGCAGAGGCGGCGGCUGGAGGGGGAGAGGACGCCAGAGACGGAGCGGCGGACGCAGCUGCUGCCCGCGGCCCCCGGGACAAUGGUGCUGGACAAGGAGGACGGUGUGCCGAUGUUAUCUGUACAACCAAAAGGGAAACAGAAAGGCUGUGCUGGCUGCAACCGAAAGAUCAAGGACCGCUACCUUCUGAAGGCCUUGGAUAAAUAUUGGCAUGAAGAUUGUCUAAAAUGUGCCUGCUGUGACUGCCGUCUUGGAGAGGUUGGAUCAACUCUUUACACAAAAGCAAAUCUCAUUCUCUGCCGCAGAGAUUACUUGAGGCUCUUUGGUACCACCGGGAAUUGCGCUGCCUGCAGUAAACUGAUCCCUGCCUUUGAGAUGGUGAUGAGGGCCAGAGAUAAUGUUUACCAUUUGGACUGCUUUGCCUGCCAACUCUGCAACCAGAGAUUUUGCGUGGGAGACAAAUUUUUCCUGAAGAACAACAUGAUCUUGUGUCAGAUGGACUAUGAGGAAGGGCAGCUGAAUGGAAGUUUUGAGUCCCAAGUUCAAUAACAAACCCUGCUUUGCUGAAGCACUGUGGGAUGGACGUUCAGCCGCACAAGCAGUGAGGGGCGUCUGUCAGCUUGCCUGCAAUAUUUUUUUAAUUCUUGGUCCAGAAAGGACUAUAUACAUUGUAGUACUUUUUUCCCGCCCCAACACAAAGCAGUUACAAAUUUAGAUGUACAGUUGUGCCUGCUUAGCUGAGCACUGCAUUGCCUGUAUGUUUGUGAGUUUUUUGGGGUCUGGGGGAGGGCUCUGUACAGUCUGUUUUCUGUAUAUAAACUGGAACAUUUAUUUUAUGAAAAAUGUAAUGCAAUUUUAUUACUGGUGUGAAUUAAAAAUUAUGAAUGUUUCCUGGUCA